AUGCCUCCUUCAGAGUGGCUCAAACGGCGAAGUGGACAACGCAUGACUUGGCAAAAGGGCGUGAAAGAGAUCACGAGGAGUUUGGACGUUGUUGGUGUUGUACGGCUUCCAAGAUGGGGUCCCCGUGACCCCACUUGUGCUUGCCUGGAGACGUUGCAUAAAAUGGCGGCCAAUCGAUGUCAGUGGCUCUCGUGCUUUCUACAGGCUUGCGAUACGCCAUAUUAUCAACCUAGCCAUGUCAACUCCAUUCAGAAACAGCUGAAGCGUCGCGGUAGUGCGUCAGUAGUGCUUUUGACAUUAGCUUUUUGGCGUGACGGUCGACUACCCUCAAGCGCGGUCAAGAAGGCCCUCUCUGAGUACCAGAAGGCGCACAAGCGUGCUGAGCGUGAGCGGUUACGGCUUAUGAAGGAACAUCAGCAUGAACUGGAACGUAAGAAAAAACUGGAGGAGAAAGAGCGUAAGAUGCUUGAGAAACAGGCGAAAAAAGAUGAGGAGGAACGUUUGAAAGAGGAGCGGCGUUUAAAGCGUCUGGAAGAACUGAAGAAAAAGGAGGAGGAAAAGGAGGCUGAACGUAAACGCAAAGAAGAGGAAAAGCGUAAGAAAGAAGAGGAACGGAUUCAGAAAGAACUAGAAAGGCGGCGUGAGGAGGACUUUAAGACCAAGCGCGAAGAAAAGCAGCGUGCCGUCUUAUUGGGAUUUCUAGUGAAGGGUGAGCAGAAAAAGGAAACAUCCACACCAUUAUCUGCUCCAUGCGGUCCGUUCAUGCAGUUUGAGCUACGUAAGGAUAUGCGUAUGGCGCCUUUACAUCGUGUUCCAAAAUCCCUAUUAACCACUAAGCGAGACAAUUUGGAUAAAGUCGUUCAAAGUUGGUCUCAUGAGUCAUCCUCUGUCCCGGGAUCCUCUCUUGGUCUGUUGAAAUUCGGGCGUUCUAGUUACAUUCACGAACUGAAGACAAAACAGCACGUUCCUCUUUCCUGUCCUUCCACUUGGCCCACAUGGAAUAAGUUGUUAGUGCGCGAGUUUACUGACUGGAAGGUCCGUGGUUCGAACCCGAACUCUGCCUCCCGACUUCCCCUGUUGCUUGGGCAACCUGGCAGUAUCCAAACCCUCGUGCCUCCUUCGUGUGGCAUGGCAGCUAGGCACCGAAAGGGUGCUACAGCUGAACGAUUUUUAUUUUUUAUUCUCUUAGAAAGUUGCCAUAUCGUGCGCCCAAUGUAUUCUACUAAACAACAGCAGGAGGAAAUGUACUGUCAGGAAGGUCAGGUUUCUAAAUAUUUUCCCAAGUGCCCGAAACUUACUGAGAUUCCUAAAAAUCCACUAAAUGCCGACCAGAAAGCCUUGGAACGAGGUCAGAUGCCACCCGAGGUGAUGCUUAUGGGUGAGGGACCAUGUUCCACCCUAAACUCGCCUACGUUAAAGUAUCAUGGAAGCCGAGGUUCUGGUGGUACGGUGUGGCUGCGCGCCAAGCUGUUCCAAUUUGUGGAGAACUAUCGACCUGCGUACUACGGGUCGUGGCGUCGGCGGAGUCGUAUUGUCACUGGCCGACGACCUUUUGCUCAGGAUGUGCGACAACUGGAUUAUUCUGUUGAUUCUGACGAUGAGUGGGAAGAGGAUGAACCUGGGGAGAGUAUCACGCAGUCGGAGCCACCCGAGGUGAUGCUUAUGGGUGAGGGACCAUGUUCCACCCUAAACUCGCCUACGUUAAAGUAUCAUGGAAGCCGAGGUUCUGGUGGUACGGUGUGGCUGCGCGCCAAGCUGUUCCAAUUUGUGGAGAACUAUCGACCUGCGUACUACGGGUCGUGGCGUCGGCGGAGUCGUAUUGUCACUGGCCGACGACCUUUUGCUCAGGAUGUGCGACAACUGGAUUAUUCUGUUGAUUCUGACGAUGAGUGGGAAGAGGAUGAACCUGGGGAGAGUAUCACGCAGUCGGAGAAUGAAGAAGAGGAAGAAGAGAAGGACGAAGAGGAGGAGGAGGAAGAGGAUGAUACCUUCUUCGUCCCACAUGGCUAUCUGUCCGAUGACGAAGGUGUAGCUGCCGAGGAUGUUGGAGAAGAGGACGCAGCUGCGGAAGAGAUGAAGAAUCUACGAAGGCGAUUGUCCGUCGUCGAAUACGAAACUGCCCAUCGUCGUGGUCUGCAGCGGCUAAUACCACUUGUAUUGGGACCAGUUUGGCUCCCGAACCCAGUUGAGAGUAUUCCAGCUGGAAAUGUUUUGAGCUCAAACGACCAGUUAGAUGAAGAUAAGGAGAAUAUUGAAACUAUUGGGGUUCGUGUUACUGAUUCCACAUCCGUUGAUAAAUCGAGCCUGCAGUUAGUUCGUUCGGCACUGAGUAUCUAUCGAGUCCAUUUGUGGGACUCCGCGGUUCCAAUCACUGUCCAAAUGGACAUACCCGCUACUCAGUCGACCCGCCGCACAAGGAGGGAACUCCCUGAAGAGGCUGUUCCUUAUUUAAUCCAGUUGGUGCAUAAAAGCCCCCUUGGAAAAUUGAAGUUGGCUUUUGAGUUUCGCGUUUUCUGGCACAAGCAUACUACUGGUACUGUCCCUGAAUGCACAAAAUAUAUGGAUUAUAAACGUCACACUGCCGCCGCCCCCGCCCAAGCUUGCUCUCAACGAACCAAAGCUGUUUUGGCUGGACCAGCUUGGGACGAUUUGCCUUUGAGUCAAACACUCGUAUUGUCGAAGUUGACUGAACUAGCCGUUUUCGAAGAAGGCAGAUGGUCCGUACACCCCAAUAUAUUGCGAAAAUAUCGACCGAAAUUGACGACGUUGUUUGGUCUGAACGAACUGUCUACGCUCGGUAUGGAAUCAGAUGAUGCGGCACUUAGUGCCAUCACAUUUCCUCCAUGGGAGUUUCUCACUGAUGUGGUUGCCAUUAGCCAACGAUCGAAUCGUCCACCGGGCUCCAAGCGUCGUUCCAUAGACGUCCCUGCCAUCGGUGAUGAAGUGGAACUAGCACAAGUACCCCCUCCAGCGGAUUCGGUUCCACUCGAUGCCCGUCUACUCAACGGCCAUUCCUUAACAGUUGUUGUCAAACGCUUGACGUCUGUCAAUGAGUCCACACCAUCCCCACCACAGCGUCUGGCGCGCAAAACGGCUAAAAAGUUCAAGCAAAUUGAAAACACGAACCUGACUCCUCUCUUAGCGCAACCCUUGCGUGAGAACUUAGUUUCAGAAAAUGUAGGACUCACUGACACUACCACCAUGAAGACAGAAGAGCCAAAACUGAGCUCCGUCCCAUCUGUGGGCCGCAAGCGAGCCACCCUAGACACGUUUUUCACUCCUCCUACCAAGAGACCCAACGUGACUGAGCAGAGUAUGGCAACACCAAGCGAAGUGAUUCACAUAGAAUCCGACUAAUUCUACUAACUAUUACCUGUAUCUCUGUUCACAUCCGUACAAUUGCCAGCACGUGACUAUUGAGACCCGGGGCGUUUACUGCUGCCAUCUGGACAGGGGAAAACCUUACUACUGACAGUGUAACAGUAGUAAAUUUUAUUUCUACUGCAACUUCGAUUGGUCACAGCCAGAUGUUUUUUAUGGAAAUCCCAGAAUCUCCAUUUUUCCUACUGCUGUCACAAGCUAUUUGCAAUGAAUGAGCAACUGUGUAAAAAGUUUUUUCAACUAACUGUUUUGUACUCUAUCUUUUAAGAAUGUUUCAUUCCCUCCGAA